AUGUUAGAUUUUGAAACAGGUUACGCCACUCAAUCCAGUGGCAACACUGAUGACUGGCCAGGUAUUAUUGAGUCCAAGGAUGACAUUACCAUCUCAAACUCAAUUGUAGAUUAUGACAUGUUACAUGUUUUCGCUGGCAAUGAAAAAGUUCCAGUUGAGAUCGAAAAACCAUUCAGCUAUGACACACCAUCCUUGCCAUCGGCCCAACAAGCCUCAUUCGAUUGCAACUAUGACAAUGACGAUGGCAUAUCCAUGUCACAAGCCCUCCCUGUGACUGUCAACACAUCUGAAAAACCGGUUGCUGAUACAUUCAGGCCCCCAAUGUUGUCGGUGCCCUUUGUCCAUUACAGUGAUGAGAAUGGGUACCUGCAACAUGAUUUUUUACCCAGACAAUCACCACAAACUUCAUGUUCUGAAGAGGAUGAUGUACCUACCGAAAAAUAUCUUGCAGAAAUGAAUGAAGCAGACAAGGUAUUUCUGGGAUAUGGCCAUAUGUUACCAGAAUCAACAUAUAAGAAAUUACUUGGUCUGUGCGAGCCACGGCCGGCUGCUGCCGAAAUAUACCCAGGCUGUGAUGAUGAUGCAGUACAAUCACAAGCCUCAUCUGAAAAUAGCACAUCUGUGCUCGCGGACUUCGGGCCGACAGCGACAAACGAACCUAAUUCAAAGACAAACCAUCUUUACGGUCGCAUCUCUGUUGAUACACCAUCGCCUUGUGCUGUCGACCUCAUGUGCACAGAAGAAUCGGCUGACGAUGUGUUCAUGGCUGAUCUGUACCUUGGGUAUGAGGAAGAUGACAUCACAACCACACCUCAAAACCCUCAAGGCUACCGGGCAGAUGUCGAGCAAUCCCCUCAGAUCCUAUUACCGGCCAAUCUUGACUUUGGUUAUGAGGGCGAUUUCUUGCCAAUCGCACCGUUAGAUCGUCCAGUACAUCCAACAGCAAUGGAGUCAUCACCUGACGUUGAAUUGCCGGCUAAUCUAGACUUUGGGUAUGAGGACAAGAUUUUCUCUAUGAAGUCAUCAGAUCAUGCUCUUCAUUCAACUGUUACGGAACCAUCACCUGACAUGGUGUCGCCGGCCGACCUUUGCUUGAGGCAUGAAGGUGAGGCCAUCCAAACCACGCCUUCAGAUGAGGCUCUCCCCACUACAUCCUCAAAUCGUUUAGUGCGGCUAAAUGACAUCACGGCAUCUAUGGAUCCAUCGCUGCCAGCCGAUUUGUGCUUGGGGUACGAGGACGAGGCUCUCCUGACCAUAGCCUCAAAUAGCACAAUCGGGCCAACACUUGUAAAUCUGUCGGCCGGCAUCACAUUACCAGUUGAUCUGUGCUUGGGGUAUGAGGAUGAGUCCAUUGUGAAUGAGCUGUCGACACGAGCUGUACUUGCCAGUCAAGUUGAGAACUUAGGUGGCCGUGCAGCCCCACAAGCGUCCCGGAAAUCCCCCAGGACGGCGGACGGCCUUCAAAACCACGAUCCUUUGUACGCUGAUGCUGCGGAGGCCGUCGCCCGUGUCAUACAUCACUUGGAGGUCAAUGAUGACCAUGAAAAGAAGCAUCUCUGUUUGUUUGAAGGUCGUCGGCUUGUAGAAUAUUACCCUUAUUCCUGGUGGAAUGACUGCUGGGACAUGCGUUUCCAGACUGCAGAAGUUCAGUUAACCUUUACAGAAGUGAUGGACAUCGUGAACGAACAUUUUCAGCAACGGCCGGAGGGUGCAUUACUGGCUGCUUUACCCACCACCAUGAAUCCUCAGGGAGGUCCAUUGAGUAGGCAACUUCUCGCAGUCAGGGCAGCAGCAGCACGUGCUACUGAUGAAGUUCGCCGAAUGAUUGAAGAUAAACAGAUUGAGGCUGUCAUCAGUGCUGAGUGUCUCGGCCACCCGGAGGAGAUUAACAUUGGCCAUGCUAUGGAAGCUUCCCACCGUGUGGUACAUUGUGCAAGACAGAUGGUGACGACUCCGUAG